AUGAGGGUCGAGCAUGCAGAUGAAAAUGCCACGGUUGGUUCGUCUUCUUCGGACGGUCAUGAAGUGCCGAGGUUGUUACAGGAGAGGUGGACCAUGAUCCAUACAGUCAAGAAGAAACCACACGGAUUUUGUGAAAAAUCGAGCAUCGACUUGUCCUUUGCCGGCAUCGCAAAUAUCAAAAUCGCGGGCAUGAACGACGAUCUCCAGCUUCGGGGCAUGCAAUACAAUAUCGCCUUGACGGUAUUUUUUGUUCCAUACGCGCUAUUCGAACUAUCAAUAAACAUUGUACUGAACAUUUUACGUCCGUCAAUAUGGAUAUCGGUGAUGUUACUUGCUGAGGAACAGUGA